AUAAACCUGAAAGAAGAAGCAGAAGCAGCUGAAUGCUGAGAUCAGAGCAAAAACAUAUAGAUGCUGUUGACCAUAUUAGCGAACGAUAAUCAUUAUCUGUGAUAUUUCACCCAAUUUACAGCCAUGGAGUUGUCAGAAAUAUUGUACAACAAAGCGGAAUACAUUGAGACGGCUUCUGGUAACAAAGUGAGCAGACAGUCGGUGCUGUGUGGGAGUCAGAACAUCGUCCUCAAUGGCAAAACUAUUGUGAUGAAUGACUGCAUCAUCAGGGGAGAUCUGGCUAAUGUCAGGGUGGGGAGACACUGUGUGGUGAAGAGCCGGAGUGUCAUUCGACCACCUUUCAAAAAAUUUAGCAAAGGAGUGGCAUUCUUCCCACUACACAUCGGAGACCACGUCUUCAUUGAGGAGGACUGUGUGGUCAAUGCAGCACAGAUUGGUUCCUACGUCCACAUUGGCAAGAACUGCGUAAUAGGUCGCCGGUGUGUGUUGAAGGACUGCUGCAAGAUCUUAGACAACACCGUGCUUCCUCCAGAGACAGUGGUGCCUCCUUUCACCAUCUUCUCCGGAUGUCCAGGCCUGUUUUCAGGAGAGCUCCCAGAGUGCACGCAGGACCUGAUGAUCGAUGUAACCAAGAGCUACUACCAGAAGUUCCUGCCCCUCAGCCAGAUCUGAAUCCAAAACAUCCCAAACCUGCGAGCAUCCUGUGUUCAGUCAGCUGCAGCCAGACUCUCAGUAGAUGCAAACGGACUCUGAGAGCUCACCUUCUCUCCUUGAGUUUCACUGCCCCGAGAAAAUAAUCUGGUGUGAGCCCUUAUUCUAGUAAUAGAGUUUGAGAUACAAAGCCACAAUGCAAGUCUGCAGCUACAAAUUGCAAAGUGAAUCCAGAAAUCCUGUAAAGAUGUCUUGUUUUUCCACACUACACAGUCUAAUAAUCUUGAAUCAAAUUUUUCCCUAUUUAAUGUAGUCUGAUAUUGUGUCGGGGAGAAACCCAGGGAGCUCUGUGUGGCCGCUGAUAAUCAAAGUUUGUGCUGUGUGGCUCUCUGACAGCAGCUACAGGUGACGAUGAAGAGGUGAAGGCACAGUGAAGGAUGUGGGAACACAGCUUGUCAUGUUUUACACCCACGGACCAAAACAUUAGCAGCAACAGUACUUUGAGGAUGUUGGUUUUCCAUGUGCAUCAUUCGUGUCCACGGUUCAUUCAUUCAUACGACAGAGUAUACUCUGUCGUUUUAUUAUUUUUUUAAUGUUAAACAAUGUGUGCUUGCUUUCUCCUUAAAUUGUCAAAGUAUUUAAUUUUGAGUGGAGGUUUUAUUACAUGAUGUUUCAGACAAACACUGUUAAUUUCAAUAUGUUGUUGUUGCAGGACAGACCUCUGCUUUGCCUCUGUCGUUUUCUGAAUACAUAGCAGCCAACAUCUGAAAUAGCGAAACAUAUAAAUAAAUGUCAAUGCUUGAAAAUA